GAUAAAUACGAGAAUCCAUGAAGGACGAGCGUGGACCGUGCCGUUAGAAAGGCGCAUCAUCAUCAUCAUCAUCAUCAGCUUUGUUUAUGUGAGGGCCACGUUUUGAAGGCGGAAGAGGAAGCUACUGGCUCUCCGGGAUAGCACAAGCCAGGAUGAACAAACAACAGCUGGCACGGCUUCAGGAGCAAGUUCGCAUUGGCGGCAAGGGCAGCGCGCGCCGGAAGAAGAAGGUUGUUCACCGCUCCGCUGCUACCGAUGACAAGAAGCUGCAGAGCUCCCUUAAGAGGCUGGCGGCCAACACUAUCCCUGGCAUAGAGGAGGUCAACAUGAUUAAGGAGGAUGGCUCGGUGAUCCACUUCAACAGCCCCAAGGUUCAGGCGUCCCCCAGCGCCAACACCUUCGCUGUGUCGGGCCGGGCCGAGGACAAACAGAUGGCUGAGAUGCUGCCGGGGAUCAUCAACCAGCUUGGCGUCGACGGUCUACACCAUCUGAAACGCCUGGCAGCCUCCCUCACAGCUGGCGGUGCUUCAGCUGGAGGAGUAGAUGAUGGCGAUGAUGUUCCCACUCUGGUUGAGAACUUUGAGGCUGCCAGCAUGUCAGACACGGGCCAGCUCUGAGUGUAGGUGGGUGGGUGUUUUGGAGCACUGGGCUGUGAGGGGCAGGUGUGUGUUGGGGACAGGUGUGUGAGGCUUGGGAGGGAUUCUGUGGCGACCUUUUCAGUUAAGAAGUUACCUUUGUGAAUACCCCCAAGAUAUCCAUUGCAGCAAAGGGAUUCUGUGGCGACCUUUUCAGUUAAGAAGUUACCUUUGUGAAUACCCUCAAGAUUUCCAUUGCAGCAAAGGGAUUCUGUGGCGACCUUUUCAGUUAAGAAGUUACCUUUGUGAAUACCCUCAAGAUUUCCAUUGCAGCAAAGGGAUUCUGUGGCGACCUUUUCAGUUUAGAAGUUACCUUUGUGAAUACCCUCAAGAUAUCCAUUGCAGCAAAAUAUUUAGCAGAUAUAUGAAGGCGUCCCCCACCUGUCGGGCGGGCGAGUUACAUUCUUGGAGAAGCAAUUAUGGAAGCAAACACUCAUAUAGCAAAGUUGAGGAUUGAUGGGAUUAAAUCAGAUGUAUUUCCAGAAUUGUACAUUAAUUGACGUAUGGUACUUCUACGACAAGCUGGUGGGUGGGAGGUGGCGGCUUGGGGGUCAGGCAAGGUCAGAACCACCCAGCACCUUGCCACACACUCUCAACACCUCCCCCUUCCUGUUAUCUGUCAGCUAUUCACUACCUUGAAAUGAAUUUAUUUAGAUCAUUGAAUAAUCGUAAAAGGUUAUACAGCUUGUUUCGUUUUUCGGAUAAUAACAAACUUAAUAACUUGACAGCAUUGGAAUACAGUCAACCGUCAAAUAGUACGGUUUCCAAGAGUUCUGGUUUUAUGUGGAUUUUCUAAGAAGAUUUUUUAGGAGUUUUAAAUUUCCUGCUUGUCGGGAAAUUUAAAAAUCCUAAAAAAAUCAUCUUAGAAAAUCCACAUAAAAACAAAAUCGAACUAUUGGAAACUGUACUAUUUGAGGGUCGACUGUAGCUUAACUAUAGAACCUGUACUAGGGAGCAUAGACCAUGUGUUGUGAGCUGCUUUGUGUGUUCCAGUCAGUGCCGUGGAGCCUGAACACACCGCCCAAACCUUCCCACAAACACACUAUCGGAAACUGUACUAUUUGAGGGUCGACUGUAGAUUGACUAUAGAACCCCUGAUAGGAAGCAUAGACCAUGUGUUGUGACCUGCCUUGUGUGUUCCAGUCAGUGCCGUGGAGCCUGAACACACCGCCCAAACCUUCCCACAAACAAACUCAUGAAUUAGUAUUAAUAAAGAUGCAAGGAAAAAUG